AUGUGCUGGUGGAACCUUCUGUUCGUUGCAGUAGUGGUGAACCACCACGUGGUUCUCACACAGGGUAACUCUAACGACACCACAACAGAAGAGCCGUCUACAACGACAGAGAGCCGUCUACAACGACAGAAGAGCCGUCUACAACGACAGAAGAGCCGUCUACAACGACAGAAGAGCCGUCUACAACGACAGAAGAGCCGUCUACAACGACAGAAGAGCCGACUACAACUGAAUCAACCACCACUAUCGCAACUACGGUUGCUCCCU